AUGUCAAAGAAUCAACCAGUCGAUCCAGUUCCAAGCACUUCUGUUAGUGGGAAAUCUAAGAGUGGUGGUAAAACCAAGGAUGAAACUAAAAUAUUAGAUCCUCCUACUAUUGAGACUGUUGCUCAUCUUAUUAAAACUGAAAGAGUGAGACAAAUUGUUGUAAUGGCCGGUGCUGGUAUUUCUACAGCUGCUGGUAUACCAGACUUUCGUUCACCCGGUACUGGUCUUUAUGAUAAUCUUCAAAAAUAUGAUUUACCAUAUCCAGAAGCUAUCUUUGAUAUCAGCUUUUUCAAAGAAAACCCAGAACCAUUUUUCGCGUUGGCAAGAGAAUUGUAUCCCGGAAAAUUCUUGCCUACCAUAACACAUUAUUUCUUAACACUUUUACAUCAUAAAAAAGUUUUACGACGUUGUUUCACACAAAAUAUUGAUACAUUAGAAAGACUUGCAGGAUUACCAGAUGAUUUAAUCGUAGAAGCUCAUGGGUCUUUUGCUAAAUCAAAAUGUUUAGAAUGUAAUAAGUUAGCUGAUGCUAAUUGGAUGAAAUAUAUGGUUUAUAGAGGCGACAUACCUAUGUGUGAUUCAUGUAAAGUUGGUAUUGUUAAACCUUGUAUCACUUUUUUUGGUGAAUCUUUACCUGACAAUUUUUUUCAAAGAAUUAAUGAUUUUACUAAAUGUGAUAUGCUUAUUGUUAUUGGAACUUCUCUGCAAGUUCAACCUUUUGCUAGUUUGCUUGAUGCCGUUGGAUCAAAGACUCCUCGUUUAUUAAUUAAUCUUGAAAAAGUUGGAGUUUUUGGAUUACAAGAUAUGGGAUUUGAUUUUGAUGGGAAAUAUCAAAAAUAUCAUAGAGAUGCUUUUUAUAAAGGAACUUGUGACGAUGGUGUUACUAAAUUGGCAGAAUUAUGUGGAUGGAAAGAUGCGUUACUACAACUAUAUAAAGAAGGCCGUGCAUCACUUAGAAAUCAACAUAGUACUAUCCCUGCAUCAAUUAUCACUACCGCCACUAGAGUUGAAAAGAAGAUUGAAGUUGAACCAAGAACUAAAGCCCAAGAAGUUGAUCAAUUAGUUAAAGAAUUUGAAGAUAAAAUUAAAAUUGAAUCGGAAAUUUCUGAAGUCGAUCAAAUGAUAAAAGACUUUGAUGAAAAAACCAAUUUAAACGAAAUAAAAGCUGUUGAUAAAGAAUCAUUAAAAGAGAACGAAACAAUUGAAUUAAAAGGUGGAGGUUUAACUGAAAAGCUUUAA